GCACACGCUCCUAGUUCCCAAUCCAAUAAGAUUGAAUUUUGAAACAGUUAGUGCCCAUCUCAACAAGCUAUUCUUGGGCAGUUGGCAAACUUGGCACAGAAAGCAUACCUUAUUCGUUGUUUAUUAGGCUAAUUUUCCUUUUUAAAUUUUGAUUAAUAAAUAUAUAAACUACAAAUUAGUUGUUAGCAAUCAAUCUUGCUUGUACAACAACAAUCACAAAGAGAGUGAAACUUUGUUUGAUUAGCGAGAAGGGCUCUGGGAAUCGGAAAAAGGUGUUCUGUACUGGAAUUUAGGGUGUAAUAUUAUCAAGUAUGAGAUUCAAGAAAGGGAGUAAAGUGGAAGUAUUAAGCAAAAAGGAGGUGCCUUCAGGCUCCUGGCGAUGUGCUGAGAUUAUCUGUGGUAAUGGCCACAACUACACUGUUAGAUAUGAUGGGAAUGAGGACGCCAACGGUGAGGCUGUUGCAAAGAGGGUAUCAAGGAACUCCAUUAGGCCUUGCCCUCCUCCACUAGAAAUUUCAGAGAACUGGGUUCGUGGUGAUGUUGUGGAGGUGUUUGACAACUUUUCUUGGAAAAUGGCAACAGUUUCACAGGUUUUGGGGAAAAAGUACUUUUUAGUCAGGUUACUUGGGUCCUCUCUAGAAUUCAAAAUCUUCAAGCUUAACAUCCGGGCAAGGCAGUCUUGGCAUGAUGACGAAUGGGUUGUGGUUGGAAAGGAUUCUGGAAAUUUGGAAGAUGGAAGACAUGAUAGACAUUCAACUCUUAAGUGCAACCUAAAAUUAAGCUCCCAAUUUCAUAAGACAAACACAAGGAUGAAUCUACGUGUAGAAGAUGACUGCUUUCCUGUUAAGAACAGAGUGAAUUUCCAGGAGUCUCAUGUUGUUUCAUCUAAAACUUUGAAGAGAGGGUCACCCUGUUGCUAUUCUCAAGUUGAAGUAUAUGCCGGAGCCAACCACAAAUUUAGAGCCAUAGAAAAAGAGGGUUUGUGUCAUCGAGUGAAAGCUGCCAAUUCGUCCACAUUACCCAAAAAGGUAGAUAUUGUUGCUUUCCCGAGAGACAUGCUGGGUGAAAAAUACAUAAAUGCUUCCUCUGACAACAGAACAACUGGGAUAUCUGAAGUGGAAGCAGAAAGGAGGAAACCAACUGGCACUGUUGGGUGUUCAUUUGCAAACUUAGAAUCAAAUGUUGCACCUGAUAGUAUUACAUCCUCUGUUGGUAGUUGUAGCAUCACUAGCAACAAUUCCUAUAAGAUCCCUCAUCAUGUUUCUGCAGGUCAUAUUAAGGAUGAUGAUGGUAAUUCUAGUGGUGCCGAAUCUUUUCAUCUGUGGGGUUAUGAGGAAGGAAAUUCUCUCCUUCCUACAAAAGAGGAACUAGUAGCUGAAAUACAUAGGUUAGAGUUGCAUGCCUACCGUUGCACUAUAGAGGCAUUACAUGCAUCAGGACCUUUAAGUUGGGAAAAGGAAGAGAUGGUGACAAAUCUUCGUCUUUCGCUCCAUAUAUCAAACGAUGAACAUUUGAUUGAGCUAAGAAACUUAGGCUCUACUCGUACCAGCAUUCCUAUUAGAUGACAGGAAAAUCUGUGAAAUUUUUUAUUUGAAUUCAUAUUUCCCUAGAUGUAGGAUCAGAUAAACAUUUGUUUUAAUGGCCUCACUACCUUGUAAGAAGCAAGAUGAGUUAUUUCCCAUAUCCUUUUUUUUUGGGUUCUACAACAGUGGUCUAGUUUGAAGUUUAUGUACGACAAACUAUACCAAGCAAUUAAUGUUUCUUAUCUCAUACUUGUGUAUCAAUUUUUCUCCUGUUUUCUUGUGGGCUUGUACUAUAUUAUGCAUGCCAUUCUUCUGAUGUUUAGUACCUUCUAUGUCAUGUUAAAAUUACACCUUAGAGUUGCAAACAAUUGGCAGAUAAUGAGAAUAUUAUAAUAGUACAAUCCUGUUGCAUCUUUUAAGGAUUUGUAUAGUAAGAGAUAUGUCAGGUCAGCUUUUCUGCUUUACUACGCGAAUUAACUGCUGGCUUUUGAACUUUUAUAAUAUUAGGAUUCCAUGUUAUCACUAAAGGCAUUUGAGCGUUAUGCUUAAGACUUUCCUGUCAUUUUAUCUUUCCUCUUUCUUCCAUAUAAUGGAGCUAGUAAGAUUAGUUUAUCUAGGGAUUCCUGGAUUAGUUAGAAAGCUAUUUCACGCUUUCUACUUUUAUAUGCAUACUUUGGGGGAUUUGUCACUUGAACUCAGUUUUCUCUAUUCCGUUGGGACUUGGCAGUGUAGGCAAUUACAUUUGAGGACAUUAUUGAUGCUUCCCUUGCAU